AUGACAGGGCAGCAGCAGCAGCAGCAGCAACAGCAGCAGCAGCAGCAGCAGCAGCAGCACCGGAGGCAGCAGCACCAGCAGGGGGCCCCCAGGCAGCAGGGGCCCUCUGGGGGCCCCCCUCCUGUACCCUCUCAAGGGCCCUUCUUACCUCAGAACUCUCUACUCCAAACAAUCUCUGGUGAAGCUGCUGCUGCAGAGACGCAGCAACUUCCACCACAGGCUGCAGCAGCAAGCUCAGCAGCAGCAAGUCCCGCAGGGCCCCCCUCCCUGGGGCCCCCGGGGGGCCCCCUGGGGGCCCCUCAUUUAUCCUCAGGGCCUCUCUUGCUACCUACUGACUGGGGGCCUCUUCAAGGACAACCACAUACAGCCCAAAUGCAAUCAGGAGGGCCUCCAGACGACCUGCAGCAGCAGCAGCAGCAACAACAACAGCAACAGCAGCAGCAGCAGCAGCACCCUGCAGCGCCGCACGCAUCAAGCCAUAAGGAUUUCCCUCACUGUCAGCAGAUUCAGGCCCCACAGCGCAUGCAGCCGGAGACAGAGCUAUCAACGUUCGAACAGCAGCAGCAGCAGCAGCAGCAGCAGAAGCAGCAGCAGAAGCGGCAGCAGUUCGGCGGUAAACACCAGAUGCAGCAGCAGAUGCAGCUGCACGUUCCUGCUGGAUGCCCUCAGGGGGCCCCUAAGCAGCCCCAAAGAAUGGAGGCGGGGGCCCCCGGGGGGCCCCCAGGAGCUGCUGCAGCUGCUGCGGGUCCGGUGGUAGUGCAGAGGCACAGGGCAUCUACAGAGCAGGCUGCUGCUACUGCUGCUGUCGUUGCUGCUGCUGCUGCUGCAGAUGCUGCAGCAGCAGAAGGGAGGGGCCCCCAUGACCUCGAGAGGCCCCCAGCAACUGAAGCACCUGAACGCAAGAGAAAGGGUACAGCCAAGGGCCCCUUGUCUUCCCGCCGUAAGGCUGCUGCAGUUUGUCCUCAGCAGAAGCAGCAGCAGCAGCAGCAAAAUCAGCAGCAGCUGCUGUGGCAGCAUCCAGAUAUAGGUUUGUUGCAGCAGCAGCAACAGCAGCAGCAGCAGCAGCAGCAGCAUGCUAUGCACUCUCCACCGGUUAGUGGAGUUGGGGGCACGUCGGCAGCAGCGGCGCAGCAGCAGCAGCAGCAGCACCUGCUGCAAAUUCUGCAGCAGCUUCUGCAGCAACAGCAGCAGCAGCAAUUGCAUCAACAGACUCAGUGGCAGCGACCGCUGCAGCAGCAGCAGCAACAGCAGCCGCACCCGCUGCUGCUGCCCUCACGGGCAGCACAAGAGCAGCAACUCGGGGGGCAUUUGCUGCAUCUGCAGCAGGGGUCCUGCUGCAGCGCUUCUGAUGCAGCAGCAGCACCGCAGCAACGGCUGCAGCAGCUGCUGCAGCUGCACGAGGCUGCCGUGCAGCUGCAGCAGAAGGAGUUGGGUCUCUCAAUGCGCGAGCUGGAGACUCUUUACCUUCCCCUUCUCUGGAACAAAGACAGCAGCAGCAGCAGCAACAGCAGCAACAGCAGCAGCAGCAGCAGCAGCAAGUGGAGCGCCCCUUUUAGAAAGUUUAGCUCUUAUAAAAUAAAAAAGGGGGGGGCCUUUGAAGCAUUAGGCGAAGGCUGUUGGAUGCUGUGGCCGGGGGAGAGACAAGACGCCAGCAGCUUGAGGCUGCAGCAGCAGCUGCAGCUGCUGCUUGCAUGCACCUAUGGAGAGAAGAAGCAGCUGCUGCUGCUGCAGCAAAUCUGGAGCACAGGCACAGAUGCUGCAGGGGCUGCUGCUGCUGCUGCAGUGCAGCACCAGCACCAGCACCAGCAGCAACUUCCAGAAGCAAUGAGUGCAACAAAAGCUGUAAUGCUGCUGCCUCCUCCUUGCUGCUUCUCUUGGGCUGCUAAGAAGAAAGGCAUUUCUUUUGUGUGGAGACGGAUAGCGAGCGAGGAGCAGCAGCAACUGCAGCAGCAGCAGCUGCUGCUGCACCAGCAACAGCAGCAGCAACAGCAGCAGCAACAGCUCCUGCUGCAGCAACAAGGAAUCCGCCAACCCUCACGCCCUGCCCCUGCUGCGGCUUUCCUAGACCCUCUAUAA